AGCAACCACCUUGAAACAACCAAGAGAGUUGACAGGCGCCUGAGCGGGCAAACUUACACAUUCAGUUUUGUUUUUGUUUGGAAAAGUAACCAAAACACGUCCGCGGCGAAUGGAGCGAGAGUUAGACGAGGAAGAGCUGCAGGAUUUCUACGCAUGGAUCGAUAAAAUCCCUCUCUCGAGGCCCAAAAGAAACAUCACCAAUGACUUCAGCGACGGAGUAAUGGCAGCUGAAGUUGUGAAGCAUUUCUUCCCAAAGCUUAUUGACUUGCACAACUACACUCCUGCCAGCUCAACACAACAAAAGCUCAGCAACUGGAGCCUUCUCAACAGGAAGGUGUUUUCCAAGUUGAACUUCCACGUGCCUGAGAAGUCAGUGAAGAAGAUUGUACUAAGAACGGCGGGAGUGAUCGAGAGCGUGCUGACCACCCUACGUGAGAAGAUAGACAAGAAGCUAGAGUACAACUCACACAACGUACUAGAUUUGGAAUACUAUGACACCAGCAAUGCAGAGAGCAGUCACACAGAUCUUUGUGAGUCUGAGGUGAGGUAUCUGUCUCAGAUGGCAUCUGACGGGCUGAACAAGGAUGAUAAGUUGAAAUUGGAAAAAAGCAGAAUACAAAACACAGCCCAGUUUUACUCCAACUUGGACCCGCCUCUGCGGAAAAUUCUGAAAGAAAAAGAGCAUGCGGCCAUGGCUUUGCAGGAGACAGUCGAGAUCCUGCAGAUGAAGGUGAGCAAGUUAGAGCGUCUGGUUCAGCUGAAGGACUUGCGGAUAGACGAUCUGAGGCAGAACCUGGAAAAGUGUAACUGUACGAAUGGAAAACAAAAUUAUUCAAACAUGUAGCAUGUAAAACUUAGAAAUACUUAAAAUUAAGUACAAGACUUGGAAUCGUUUGCUUUGCUUCAGCUAAUCCCUCAAAUUAAAAGAAGCAAUGUUAAUUUACAGUUUGUUAAUUUACUUAGAUUUUUUUAACUGUCGCUCCCAUAAGAAACAAUAGAAUGAGUUAUACCUGUAAAGCGCUUUUCUACCUUCAAGUUACUCAAAGUGCUUUGACUCUAUUUGGCGGGAGCUGCCAUGCAAAGCCCCAACCACGACCUAUCAGGAGCAAUGGUGAAGUCUUCUUCGUUAUUUUUUUCCCCUUCCCAAACACUUAACAUAUCUAAGCAUUUCAUAAAGUAAAAUACAAGAAAAGGCAACAAGAGAAGUAUACCACACUUUUAUUUUGUAAAGUAAAUAUGUACAGCAGAUAUAGGCAUCUACAUUAACAAUAUGAUUUCAGGACAGGACAGAUAAAAAAAAGGAUACAUUAUUUUAUUUUUAUUUUUUAAUAUGGGACAUCCCGUUGGCCAGAUUGUUGACUCUAGUUUUUUGGGUCCCCCUGGUUUAGAGUAUCAAAAGGAGGCCUUUUAUGGCUGCUUAUGGGUUAUUAUUUGCAGAUUCUUGCUUUUUGUGGAGUCUCGUCCAAAGAUGGCAAAAAUGUGUCCUUAUUGGUUUAUAAAACACUGUAAAUACAUUUGGAAAUAAAUAUGCUUCUUUUUUUGUAAGGGACCCCUUUGAACUACACCAGCAACUUCAUGUGAUAAUGUGGUUGUAAAGUGUGUUAUUGUUUUGUUCAAGACACAGUGUAUAUUGUCACUGCCUGAUAUCUUCAGGUCAUACUUUAUUUAACACGACAGCCUCUGUUCUUUGUGGAUUUUUAUUAUCAUUUAAACAUGUGGGCUUUUGUACAGCUCAAGAUGUUUGAUUGCCAUGUACUCUCAAUAAAUAAACAA